GCACAAUGGCAAAGAGCAGUCUCACCAAGGUUAGGUGUUCCACCAGCUCCUGUCAAAAAUAGCAUUUGGUCAAGUCCUUAUAUAAAAUAUGGUCUCCCACUAGGUUUGCUAGCUACAGCAGGAGCAGUAAUGAUGUUGAAAAGAAACAAAGCAAAUGUUGUAAAUAAUACUGAAGUAGCUGAAGUUAAACAAACUCCAACACCUUCGCCAAAACCAACGCCUUCACAAACAACACCUUCAAUGACUCCUGAACCUAUGGAAUUACAAACUCCUGUUCAAAAGUCAACUCCUAAACCGACUCCAACAUUUAAACCAGAACCUACUCCUCAAAUAAAUCGUAAAACUCCUGCGUUUCCUUACUGA